UUUGCCCAUCAAAGAGAACAAUCAAUUCUGAUCUUAAAAUGUUGCUGACAAUAAUUUUAUUAAUUUUUAUUAUUUUACUGAGUAUUUUGUAUAUUUAUUUAAAAUAAAUUUUAAUUAUUGGAAGCGAUAUCCUCAGAUCGCCAGUGUUAAAGGUAGAAUAUUCAGUGGAAAUUUCUUGGAUUUUUUAACGUUUAAAACUAAUUUCGGUUAUCAUUUGAGAGCAUUGUAUGCGAAUGAAAAAUAUCGCAAUGAAGCAGUUGUGGGCAUAUAUGGGCUCUAUGAACCAGGCCUGCUAAUAAGGGAACCUGAUAUAAUAAAAUCUAUAUUAAUAAAGGACUUUGACUGUUUCAAUAGCCGUACGUGCAGAGGUGAUCUGCAGCAUGAUCCUUUGGGGGCUUUGAACUUGUUCUUUAGCGCAUAUCCUCACUGGAGAGAAAUGCGUGUGAAAUUGAGCCCGGUAUUCACUAGUGGGAAAUUAAAGUUAAUGUAUCCUCUCUUGCAAAAGGUGGGUGUUAAACUGGAGGAGCAUCUCAAGCAAAAUGGAAACCAAUUUACGUUAGAAUUGAAACAGUUAUGUGGUCGCUAUACCACAGAUGUUAUAUCGACCACUAUAAUGGGUUUCAAUUCUAAUGCUUUGGGUAAUAAGCAAGAAUACAUAUACCAGGAGGCAUUUAAAUUGUCGGCCUUUAAUGUCAAAAGAGCUGUUGAUUUCUUAAUAGCCUUUUUUGCUCCCAAACUAAAUAGAAUUCUAAGACCCAGAAUAUUUUAUCAAUCCACUGAAAAGUUUAUGCGCUCUAGUAUAAAAUGUGUAAUAGAGGAAAGGGAACGCUCGGGUGCUAUACGUAAUGAUCUUAUAGAUGCAUUUAUUAAAAUUAAACAAGAAACACGAUGGAAAGGCGAAGAUGAGCAUCAAUGUAUGGAGAGUUUAAUUGCCCAGGCUUCUAUAUUCAUGAGUGCAGGUUUUGAAACUUCUGCCACUACCAUGGCAAAUGCUCUAUUCGAAAUGGCUAAAAAUCAAGAAGUUCAACAGAAAUUGAGAAAAGAAAUCGUGCAAACACUUGCCAGAGAUGAGGGUGAAAUGUCUUAUGACUCACUUAAUAAAAUGGAAUAUUUACAAAUGGUUAUAGACGAAACAUUAAGAUUGUAUCCGGUGCUGCCGCUAUUGGAUCGUAGAUAUUCCAAAUCUGUGAAUAGAUCAGAAGAGUUCUCUUUAGCACCACAUUAUGACUACAAAUUACCCGAAGGCAUGCCGGUUUAUAUAUCGGUAUUUGGUUUGCAUUAUGAUCCCAAGUUUUGGCCAUUUCCCUACAAAUUCGAUCCAGAACGUUUUAGUCCCGUAAAUAAGAAACUUUUAACUCCUUUGACUUAUUUACCAUUUGGAGAUGGUCCUCAUAAUUGCAUUGGUGCCCGUUUGGGUUUGUUAGAAGUUAAAGUUGGUUUGGUGCACAUCCUAAAAUAUUAUCGUGUGCGAGUAUGUGCUCAGACUAUAAUACAACCGAAAUUUGAACCCAAAAGUAUUGUUCUACAGACUAGGGGUGGAAUACAUGUAGAGUUUAUUAGAGAUAAUAUGUGGUAAUCAUUGAUUCUGGGUAAUCAGAGACAAAUUUUAAUUGUUAAAAACUGAAUUUUUUUUAUUAUCUUUAAAUAUGUAUAAAUUUAGAAAUUGCAGAAUUAACAAUAAUAUAAAGAAAAAUUAUC